UGCCUAGGAUGGGGGGCAAAUCCCACCUCCGCCCUGUGUGCAUGGAGUUUUCAUGUUCUCCCUGAGCUUCAGGAGUUUCCUUCCCCAGUCCAAAGACAUGUGUAGUAGGCUAAUUGGCAUCUCUAUAUUGUUCGUAGUGAGCGAAUGUGUGUGCGAUUGUGCCCUGCAAUGGGUUAGCACGUCAUCCAGAGUGUCCCCUGGCUCCAGGCUCCCCACGACCCUGUGUAAGAUAAGCAUUACAGAAGAUGGAUGGUUACAGAAGAUAGAUAGAUCCCUUAUAUAUAAUUAUAUAUUUAUUUAGAUGUAGCUCAAUAGGUGUUAUUUUAACUUGGUCUAUUCAUAGUUUUAGGGCUUUUAUAUUGUUAAACACUCUACCAUUAAAGAUCGCGGAUGUGUCUCAGCUGCAUUUCUGUACUCAGUAGGUUUGCAGUGGAGAAGAGUGGGUUUUUAUUUCACUCUGGAAAAGUGCUUCUGUACAGCUGUAAGUAAAGUUUGUUUGUGUCUUCAUUGUGUCAGAAUCUCCUGUAGUGAAUGACCAAUAGCAGCUGAUCAUCAAGAACAAUGUACAGUGUGCAGUCUGCUUUGCUUGGAUUGACAUCAUUAAUUGUAAAAUAUGCCACAUAGUAUCACCUGGUAUCGGCUGUCAAUAUCAGGGUAUCUUUUACGAGUAAAUGGUAUGGUUUUGGGCCGAUACCCGAUACCAGUACUGGGAUUGAUGCAUCCCUUAAACUUUGAUGUAGAACUAAUUAGUGACUGUGGAUUUGUCCAGUUGUUCUACUGGCCCAUGAAAUACUUUGUUUUAGUCUUAUAAUAAUAAUAAUAAUAAUAAUAAUAAUAAUGUAGCCUACAGUAUGUAUACAUUUUUCACAUACUGUGGUGAUAUGCGGUUGUAACAGUAGCCAUGAAGAGAUAGGCAAAGACAUUUGUUACAUCAUGAAAAAAUAUGCUUUACCUCCUCAGCCAAGCAUAAAAACUUUCCCCAAAUAGGCAUUUUAUUUUUAUUUUUCAUAUCCGUUAUUUCAAUUCAAGUUUUAAAUUUGAUAUUGUCAAAAAAAAAGCAUUAUACAUACAUACAUACAUACAUACAUAUAUUAAUUCAUAAUAAAUUAGUAAUCAAAUUAUUUAAAGUAUGGGAAACCCACUAAUGUUUCCUAUAUGUCAUUAUUUGUAGAGCAAUAGUUUAGCUAGCAUAGUUUCAGGCCCUGAAAACUCCUCCAACAAGCCUGAGAACAAUAAAACAAGCUUCUUUCAGUUGCCUGGUUACUAAAGAAAACACAGCCAGCUUAAAUAAUGCCAGAGCACUGUUCCGAAUGUCUUGGAAAAGGGAGAAGCAAGCAAAUCGUUUUUAUUUACAGGCUAGUGAGACUGGAUUGUGAAUAAUUCAUAUGGAAGAAGUCUCAAGAAUAGAGAAACAGCUUUAAAGAGGACGGAGCAGCUUCUCUGAGCUAGAGACGUGAAGCUAUCUGGUGGUAGAUCUGCCUCUGGAACAGCAGAAAUGGCAAAGGGUAAAAGGAAAUCAAAUGACCCCAAAGGCCGAAAAAUCACGCUUAAGAUGGCCAAGAAUGCUGUGAAGCUGACGAUGGACGGCAAGCGCCGUUUAGACCUCAGCAACAUGGAGAUCACCACUUUCCCUAAGUGUAUCCUCAAACUAUGUGAUGUGGAUGAACUGGACCUGAGCCGCAACAUGCUGAAGAAGAUUCCAGACUUACUCAACAAGUUUGUCAACCUGCGCCUGCUAGACCUGCAUAGCAACCAUCUGGAGCAGCUUCCAGAGGCCAUUGGUCACCUGCAGAAGCUCCAAAACUUCAAUGUGUGCAACAACAUGCUAACCACCUCCGGGAUCCCACGUACACUCGGCCUCCUUAGGAACCUGAAGAAACUCAACCUGGGCAUGAACCGCAUCGAGACGGUUCCACCUUUCAUUGCAGGACUGAAGGAGUUAAGCGAGCUUGGGCUCUUCAACAACCUUCUGACUCAAAUUCCACAGUGGCUAGAGAAUUUGCCCAACCUUUGCAUGCUCAAUGUCAAGUGCAACCCACUACCUUUAGAAAAUCCACCAAAACUAGACCCGAUUCAAAGGGUAGAAUGUCUCUACUUGGUCAGGAAGGAUUGCCUUUGUAGUAAAUGCCUCAAGAAGUGUAAAGAAGAGAGAGAGAGGCUGGACCAAAGGCUUAGUGGAAGCUCAGUGCAGAGAAAAGCCAUCAUUGCUGGGUUACUUAUGACUAAUUCCACAGAGCAGGGUGAUGAAGCAGUGUCCAGAUAAAGGCAAUGUGUGAACCUGAAAAACUGUACUCUGAUUCAUAUGAAAAAUAAAAAUUGCAUACUGAAUAUAUUAAUGAUCAUAAUUAAAUCAUUAUUAUACUACAGCGUUGAUUGGUCAGAAAGUGAUGAUAAGAUGUCAAUCACUGAUAAGUUAAAACUUUCUAUAAAGACAUCUUCAUUUAACCUUUUUGGAUGAUGUCUCCAGUGUUAGCACUUUGUAACAGUCUGAGGUAAAGCUGUAAUUUUAACAAGAGGAAAGUCUUCAGGAGAAAGGACGUUGUCUUCUGUGGCUUCCUGGAAUGUGUUAUUUUUCUUGCUAACUUGCUAAGAGAAACUGGGCAAUGGCUGUUUAUAAUGACUGUUUAGCUGUUAAAAGUGAUAACAGGAACUAGCUUGUUUCAUGGAUGUUUCAUAAUAUUAAAUGUAACUGUAAAUGAAUACAAAGUACAAUGUGUUGUUUUUUUGAUAAAUUAAAGUUGUACUUGUUGGAAAACUGCUCUGUGUAAAAAUUGUCGGCUACGCACUGCUCAGAAAGAAAAAAAAAGCAGUGUAAAACUCUUUUCCACAUCUUUUCAGCUUAGCAGUCAGCAGUUUUGUAGGUCACUCAUCAUUUUUGGCUUCAGUUCCUCACAGCCACAUACACAAACAUCACCUUCUCACUGCAGACUAAACCCUCUAGACCAUAUCUCCACCUGCUACACUGUGGUAUAAGAAGAAUAAAACACUUCAGGAUGUGCUGUUAUAGGAAAAUAAUCAACUUCAGGGUGGAACAUUGGGCUGCCCAUUGUUACUUUGUCUUUUUUUUACUAUAACAGCGUGCCCAAUAUUUUAGUCCUUAUCACUAAAUA